AUGCCAAAGUUCGUUCCCCGACAGCGAAAGCAUAAGGCCGUCGCGCGCCAGAAAGUGGUUCACACUGAGCCUGCUGAGGAGAAUGCCGAGCAAAUCCUGCCGGCCGAGCAGCGAGAGCGCGAUGAGCGGCGGCGCGCAAUGAAAGAUGAGCUUGUGCGCGAAUCGCAAAGCAAAAUGAGCGGGAAGAAGAAGAAGCGCUUGGAUAAAUAUAUUGACACCAAGCUCAAGAAGGAAGAGAAUCUGGAACUACUCAAAAAAUUGGCUUCGCAAUCACACAAGGUCGACACCAGUCUCUUUCAGAGCUCCAAGAAAUUGGGCAGUGGCGGCGAUACCAAGCGAGAGGCUCUCAGGCGCGCAUUGGCUGAGCGACGAGCUGGUGUGGAUGUGGAGAAGAACGAGGGACUGCUAUUCGAGGAGCACACUGUCAGGGAACCAGAGAUCGAGAGCUCGGCUUCUGAAGACGAUCACGAGAUUCAGGGUGCGCCCACACUACCUAAAAAACCGCCGAAGACCUCCACACCUUCCUCGCGCAAACGAAGUCGGUCGCCAUCAAAGUCACCAGAACCCGCGCCCACUGCACCCUCCGAACCUACUACUACUACAACAUCGGUCGGCAGCUUCGGCCUCUUCGGAGGUGGUUUGAAGCGUCCUCUCGAGCUUGACGAGUCAGGCAAGCCGGUCAUACAAGUCAGAAAGCGUAGAAAGGCCAAGGGAAAGCCCGUUGUCAUCGAGGAAGCGGUGGCAUGGGAAGGCUUCAGCUCGGACGAGCAGGAGGCUAAUAAUAAGGAGGCCGAGGCCAACGGCGCAGAUGCAGCGGACUCGACAGAGGAGUCAGAUAUCGAAGAAGAUGAAGAGAGCGCAGACUCUGAAUCGGAAGGUUCAGACGGCUCAGAAGGGUCAGAGGAGGACUCAUCAGAAGACAGCGACAGCGACAGCGACAGCGACAGCGACAGCGACAGCGACAGCGACAGCGACAGCGACAGCAGCCUCGAUGAUGAGGAGAAAAAGAUCGCCAGGAAGGAACGGACAUCAGCUUUUAAGGCUUGGGCGACGAGUCAAAGAAACGAACAGAUCGGAUUUGUACCGUCGAAUCAACUCGAACACACAAUACCAGCGAAGCCUGCGAACUUCAUGCCGAGAGCGCCCGAGCAAGAUCCCCUGCCUCCAGAACUCGAAACAAAGACAGCGACCGACGCAACAAGGAAGUCAUACAGUGUUGCUGUGGAAAGAACACCUGAGAUUCAGGAAGCUAGGUUGCAGCUCCCGGUUGUAGCAGAGGAGCAGAAGAUCAUGGAGGCAAUACACAACAACGACGUGGUCGUGGUCUGGGGAGCUACUGGUAGUGGUAAGACCACGCAGGUACCGCAGUUCCUCUUUGAAGCAGGCUACGGUGCGCCAGAUGGGCCUACACCAGGUAUGGUCGGUGUCACGCAGCCUCGACGUGUUGCGGCAGUCAGUAUGUCGAAGCGAGUCGGUGACGAGCUGGGUAAUCAUGGCUCGAAGGUUGCCCAUCAAAUUCGAUUCGACACUACAACGAACGCGAAGACUGCGGUGAAGUUCAUGACUGAUGGUGUUCUUCUGCGCGAGAUCACACAAGAUUUCAUCCUGUCAAAGUACUCUGCAAUCGUCAUCGACGAGGCCCACGAGCGCAGCGUCAACACCGACAUCCUCAUUGGUAUGCUCAGUAGGAUCGUCGAUCUACGAGCUGAGAUGGCGAAGGAAAAUCCCAAGGUCAAGCCUCUCAAGCUGGUCAUCAUGUCGGCUACUCUCAGAAUAUCGGACUUCACUGAGAACAAGCGUCUCUUCAGGAGUGAACCACCUCCACUACUAAAGGCUGAAGGCCGUCAAUACACAGUCACCAACCACUUUGCCCGCCAGACACAGCGCGACUACGUUGAGGAGAUGUAUCGCAAGGUCGUCAGAGGACACCGCAAACUGCCACCUGGAGCCAUGCUUAUCUUCCUUACCGGCCAAGGCGAGAUUGCUAAUCUUGCAAAACGUCUUAAACAAGCAUUUCCGUCGACACAAGGUCAGGACAUAAAAACUGGCAAAGUACGGAUCAACCCUGCCGAGGCGCCCGUUGAGACCGAGGAUCUCGAAUUUGGCCCCAAUAAUGACGACGAGGACAACGACGGUUCUGACUCUGAGGACUCCGUUAUCAUGGGUCUUGAUGACGAUGAAGAGGACAAUGAAUUCGACAUCGACGAAGAGAAGCCCGAGGAUACGGUGAUGAACGUACACGUGCUGCCACUUUAUUCACAACUGCCAACUAACCAGCAAAUGCGCGUCUUCGAGCCGCCUCCAGAGGGAUCUCGACUCAUUGUUCUGGCUACCAACGUCGCGGAGACGAGUUUGACGAUUCCUGGUGUCCGAUACGUUUUCGAUUGUGGCAGGGCGAAGGAGAAGAAGUACGAUCUGAUCACUGGCGUACAGAGCUUCGAGGUUGGGUGGAUCAGCAAGGCAAGCGCCAACCAAAGAGCCGGUCGUGCUGGUCGUACUGGUCCUGGUCACUGCUACCGCCUGUACUCGUCUGCCGUCUUCGAGCGCGACUUUGAAGAGUAUGCGGCGCCAGAGAUAUCUCGCACGCCGCUUGAGGGCGUGGUCCUGCAGCUGAAGAGCAUGGGUGCACCUGUUGUCAACUUCCCAUUCCCUACACCGCCCGAUCGAGAGAGCCUUCAGCGCGCCGAGAACCUGCUCUCCCAUCUCGGAGCUCUGUCGCCUGAUGGCAAGGUUACCAAGCUUGGGCAUGAGCUUUCUCUGUAUCCCCUCAACCCUCGAUUUGCGCGCAUGCUGGCAAUGGGCGUUGCCCAGAACCUCACGGCUGAGACCAUCGCUCUAGUCGCUGCCUUGUCUGUACCAGAACUCGUCAUCCCAGAGAACAAGCUUGGCCUUCGAGAGCCAACAAGAGAUCCAGACGCCGUCCGCACCGAGCAAGACAACAUCGAAGCCGAAGAGCGCUCUCGACUGCGCAAAGCCUACAACGCCGCCCUUGCCAAGUUGAGCGUCAACGCAAAGCAAAGCGACUGCAUCAAGUAUAGCAACGCUGUCUGUGCUUACGCGUACGAGAGCGACCCACAGCGCUUCUGCGAAGACAUGUUCCUCAACGCCAAAGCCAUGCACGAAGCCAGUCAGCUCCGUCAGCAGCUGACGAGCAUCGUGCGCACGCAUCGUCCGACUGCCAUCGGCACAUACCAGGCCAAGCUCCCGGCUCCAUCAGAGAAAAGCAUCAAUCUUUUGACCCAAAUUUGCGCAGCGGGCUUCAUUGACCAAGUCGCCAUGCGUGCGGACCUCGCUCCCACACCACCAGAGCUGGCCCGCAAGCCCAAGACAGCCAUUGAUGUGCCAUACAUCACGCUGCUCUCAUCGAGCGAUGCACGCUCCGAUGACCCGAACGAGAAAUACGUGUACCUCCACCCCUCAACACUUCUCGCGCGUACACCACCCGCCAAGCUGCCGGGCUAUAUCAUCUACUCGCACCUCCAGCGCGCCUCCGCAUCGUCUAUCAACGGCGCAAAGACGCCGAAGACGCGCAUGCACCCGCUCACGCCUGUCACGAGGCCUCAGCUCAUCAACAUCGCGCUUGGGACACCGCUGCUGCAGGCUUCGAAGCCGAAGGGUAAGACUGCAGAGUUGCCGCGGGCAAAUGGUGCGCCUGAGCGCCGCGAGUGUGAGGUUGAGAUGACGUUGCUGGGUGAGAAGGGAAGUCAAGGUUGGGGAUUGGGUAUCAGGAAGGUGGUGCAGAGAAAGGAGGGUGCUGGGAAGGGGUGGGUGGUUGAGAAGGUGCUUGCCUGA